CCCCCAUCCUACUAUAUAAAAAGUAGCCAAAAUUUAUUACAUUGUUUUCUAUAUCAGUUGAUCUGUUACGUCAUAUUGUGGGAUAAAAGAGCGCAAUCCUCGCGUGGUGUUUCAUACGUCACAAUACACAACGUGGGUGAAAGUAAAUUUACAUCCAAUGUAAAAAACAAACAAAGAAAUAAAGCCGUGGUAGAAAUUAGGUAAAAAUGACGUAACCACCCCACGCAAAAAUCGGCACCAUCGGUUUGUAAGGAGAUUUGAAUGAAGGAAAAAACAAAACUCGCCAACUGAGGCAAUCCAAUUUCAUCCUACGCUCGCAUGACAAUCGUAAUUUCCGAUUUAAAGCCAUAGAACGCUGGGAAUUCUGCAUGUCCAGUCCAGUACUUGCGCGGAAUGCCAACAGCUAUACACGACAAACUAUAAGUUGUUUUAGAGGAAAACAGAGAAAACUAUAAAAGCUAUUUUAGAAAAAAAAGGAAUUAACUUUUGCACCUGAUUACAAUCGACAAGUUCUAGCUAUUUUAGUUCUUUGUGAAAUUGAAUCACGAAAAAUGAAAUCAGUUUCGAUGUGUUUCGUGUUUUACUGCAUUCUGUUUGCUAACGAAGUCGGUGUGACGAAUGCAGUUUGCGACGGGGAUGAAAUCAAGCGGAACGGGACAGGAGUAGUUCAAAUAAAGGGAGGAAAUGCAAAAACAAUCGACCACUCGUGGACGCUAAAGAGCGAGCUAAUGACGUCAUUGUUAAUCGUAAAUAUGACGAUGGUGAACAUGCACAGCAGAAACCGAGCCAACGUUUCUUGUGAUUUUGCAAUAGAGUAUGUCGUGUUACCAGACGGAAAACAAGUUUGUCACACCAACAAAACAUGCGGGGUCUACAUGAGCCCCAACAUAAACAUACCAAACACCAUCGCCUACCAAAGCAAUGAGUAUAUGAAGGUGGUGAAUGCCAAAUGUGCUACAGAAUGGAAGCAUGCAACAACAUGGCCGCCUACAUUAUGCAUCCAAGCUCGUCUCACAACUUUUGAACUGGAUUUAAAUUAUCAGUUCAUUAACUUGCCCGUGCCAAGCGAAACUACAAGUAAUUUCCUCAUUUUUGUGCAACUCGAAUUGUAAUAUAGUAGGUUGGGGUAAGAUGGUUCAUGUUUUCAUUUUUUUCUAUCGUCCCUUCU